AUGGCUAUAGGACAAGCAUCAAGCAGCCGGUAUAUUGCCUUGAAUGACAAAGUAGAAGACAAUGGUAACAGAUGCAAAAUUAUAAAUUCGACAACGUGUUGCAUAGCAGAUAGGGUAACAGGGCAAGGGGACGCAGGGGAGCAUGUCAGUAUAGGUGGGGGAAAUGAAAUAGCCGCAUUUGGUGUUAUUGAUGAUGCAGAUGUAUGUAGCAUGGUGUUUGAAAGUACUAAAGAAGCGGAAUCGUUCUAUAUGCUAUACCCAAGAGCAAUCGGUAUUGGGGUGCGCAAAGGCUACAAGAGAAAAGAUAAGAAUGGGAUUGUCUGUCUCAGAUCAUGGGUUUGUAAUAAGGAAGGUGAAAGACAUGAAAAGCACAUAAAUAAAAGGGAUCGAAUAAGGGAACCAAAGGCAAUAAGAAGAGUAAACUGUAAAGCACGUUUCAAGAUUCGAUUUGAUCAUGUGAAACAGAAGUACGUUGUUGAAGAAUUUGUUAGUAGACAUUGCCACCGUUUGUGCAGCCCUGAAAGUGUGUAG